CAGUCGGAUGCCAGACAUGAGAUGGGUUGAUUCUGUGCCUUCGGCUUGUCUCGGUGUUGCUCGGCUUUCAUCGGAUCCUCCUGCAUUUCACGUACAGUCACGCACAGUCGCUGCAUUCGCGACCGAUAUUCGAGCAGGCGCGUUUUCAUCGUGAAUAAUUUCACGUAAUUUAACGAUAAAUAAAUUGUCUGGUGAACAAUUUCGUACGUGCUAUGUGAAUCGUGUGAAAGAACAUCGAAACGAAAUGGAACGGCGAGUGACAGGUCAUUGCACUUGUUACGUUCGUCGGGUGUUGCUUCGUUAAACUUCUGUGCGUGCUUUGUGUUUACCGACCGCGUUUCGAUACCGUUAUAACUACUUGUGAUCCAACGAAACGUCGAGUGCAGUACAUUCUCAAUUUUCCCCUUUGCAUUUCACGUUAACGAUCGAUCUUCGACCUAUUCCAUUCGUUUAUUAUCGAACGCUGUGAUUAUCCCGAACCGUUCAUUGCGCAGGGAUCGUAUUUUAGGUGUAAAAAGUGAUUUUUAGAACGUCGAGAAAGGAAACAAGUGCAUCCGCGGCGGAGAUACUGUAAGAGAGCAGAAACACAGAACGAUCUGAUAUGUUCGAAUAGCGGUCCAACAAGUUGGCACGUAUGCUUUAGCGAUAUCAACGAGAAGCGAACGAGGGACGUCGGGUUGGGAACGUUAACUCGAUCCGACUGUACAUAGAACGCCGAGUCUCGCGGUCUAACAGCCGCGAGUUUAAGAGAGAGGACUUCUGCCACAAAAAUUCUAUCGAUAAUGCGAAAAGUGAGCGAAACAAUGAAACAUAGAGCGAUCAGCUGACUAGCCGAAUUAUUCGGUAACGGCCGUGCUAACACGGCUGGUAACGAGAAUCGUCAACGGACCGAGGAGAAUUAUCGACGCCAGCAACGAUUAUCCACCUGUUCGGUUAUGACGUUCGGUACACCGUUUCACACGGAGAAGUCGCAGUUCGCUGGAGAUAACCCUGCACGGCCCAGCACCAUGGCAGCUGAGGAUGGUACGCUGAGUGGCGGACUUGGGGCGAAAUUAAAAUGUCCGACUCCUAUAUCGCGCUUAAGAGUGGAGAAGAUCGAGGGUGGUCUCAUGGUAGCUGGGGUUGUAAUAGCUGCGAAUUGCCAGAUUGCACUUCCGGCAUUCGGGUUUCUUUUUAUGCUCGUCGGCGCUGUGCUCACUGCUGCGUCGUAUCGUGGACCAGGCGAAGACGAGGAUAAGGAUUCGUACGCGGCAAGAAUCGCGUUCACAGGGAAUUCCCGAAUCCUGGGACCGAUCUGCAUAGUUGUGGGUGCUCUCAUGCUCGCCCUUGGCGUAUUGCUUUGCUUGCUGACCAGAAGGGCGAGAAGAAGGGAGCGCAGAGUCGGUUUCCAUUGUCCUCUACACGGAGAUUUCUAUCCUUUAAGUCCUGUUCAGGGUGCCAAAAUGCUCGGUAUAUCGGGUAAGGAUAUUAGCGGAUGGUCGAGAAUUCCCUGCCUGAAAGGACGUUCCUCGAGUAAAGGAAACACAUCUGGAGGUGUACACGUCGGACCACCGCAAUGUCCACACUCUGUGUUAAGCAGCACCCGAAGUUCGGUGAGCAGUUCGCCAUUGAGCCCGUGCCCAACACCUAUGCCGUUCUUGGUAACUUCGGGUUCGGUCAGUAGCGGGAUGGUGCAGAGUGUCGGUGCUAAUUUAUCGCCGGACCAAACAUUCGGAUCGAUUCGGUCGCUCUCAGUGACGAGAGAAGUGGCCAGUUUCCCUUUAUCAAGAACGCCUACGCCACCUCCGCAACAUAGGACGGCCACACUGGCAAAUGCCGAGGACCUAGUAAACAUGGGUAGCCCGUUGAGAGAAGCUUCCCCACGGCCGGAAGUACGGGUGGUAGCGCCUUCCCAUCGAUCACCGUCCUCCCUCGCAACGGACAACAUCAGCAAUCCUACCAAUCUCAUCAACGUCAGUAAUAUUAGCAACGCGAGCAAUCUUAGCAACGGAGCCGGGAAUCGCAAAUCGGUCAGCAUACUACUUCCCGAGCAUUCGAGUGGAUGACCCCAACAGCAACAACACGGCUUUGUACAUCGUUGCGACAAAGAGCCACCCUUGAUUAAGUAAUACACGAAAUGCUAGAUAACAAAGGAUAAGAGAACGGUGUGGAAGGAGCAUAAUUAAACGUUAACGAGAUCGAUUAGCAACUGCCAAACCAAAUGACUCGCGUCGAGUGAUCGGUUUUCGAGCAUUGAUCUCUCUCUCUCUGUCUCUCUCUCAGAGUUCUGGCACCAUUAGCAUGAAAAUGUCACUCAUUAAGAAACCUUAAUUUUUGCUGCGACUUUAAGUAACCGAUGAUCGCUAAUUAUUACCAUGGGCAUUUGUAUUAUGUCACUAAACAGGGUUUAACAAUAUCGCAAUCCGCUGGUGUCCAAAUGAAAUUGAGUAGAUGCGCGAACCGUCGCUUAAGACGAAUUAAUUCACACUAAACUGUAUUGGCAAACGUUCAAUUAUCGAUUUCGCUUAGCAAACCCAAAUUGAUGGAUAAGUCACACCGUUGGCGCGACGACAGGGACGGGAACAAAUUUGUCAAGUUUCCAUCACUUAGGAAUCGUGGCUAGUUUGUUUCCAGUUUAUUUUAUCGAAUGAUUCUCUUUUUUUCUUCGAUUUGGUGCUGUACCCUGUUCUGAACGUAUCGUGAAAGGGAACUGAAGCUAAGAGAGUAUCACACUGUUGGAGUGCAGAAUUUUGAAAAGCUUUGAUAAACAUUCGACCAACCUCGACAUUUUGCAAAAUAAACGAAACACUGUUUUUGUAAGUUGUAGGAAACUUUAACGCAUCGAAUUAAUGCGCCAUUCCCGAAUUCUUCUCUAAAUAUAGUAAUACAGGUGAAGGCUGGCACGAUUCAGUUCUGUAUAAAUUAAGAAACACGAUCCUGCCAUGCAAGAGAGUAGAAUAAACUUCCUAAAUGUUGUUCUCUUGCAAACGUACACUCACAGACGACAGUUUUUGUUUCAUCUGUAUUAUCUAAUUCGAUACAAGAUUUUAUAUGUGACAAUCAACCUAUUCUAUAGAAAAUGUUGGUUGUUUGAAAAUGUUUCGUAUUUUGUGAGCAAAUAUUCGGUAUCCAUUUAAGAGUAAAUUAACAUGUUCGCACUCUGAAAGUUGAAUGACGCUCUCUGACAGCUAUUCUCAGACAAGGCGUCCACUUGCGAGGAACACUCUCGACAGCUUUCUGCGCGAAUUUUACUCUCAAUUGGACACUUAAACCUUUACGAUAGUCGUCGAAAUACACCGGUGAAAAUAAUAUCGAAAAAGAAAGACCUAGGAUUCGUUGAAUAAUCUUUCGACGGUACAGCGUGGAUUAGUGCUUGGUAGUUAAUACCUAAACGAACACAUUGAAUCGACGACCUUAAGUAGCUAAUUAUAUUGUGGACGUUAAUUACACGCCAUAGAAUUUAAGAAUAUAGAUCUAAGGUAAAUGCAUGUUACGUUCAUAAUUCAUUGCGUGCUCGGCAAUCGUGACAACGUAAUAGCUUUUACGAAUCUCAAUCAGUCAUUUAACUUUAUUUCAUCUCAUCGUACGUUUCCAUGCCUCGGUGAAAAGCAUUUAUCGUCAUUUCAAUUCCCAUCGAAGUUCCAUGAAAAUUUUACAAGGAUUUUGAAACGGUAGUCGAGCAGACUCACGAGAUUUUAAAUAAGACUCUAGUCCUGUAAAUACGUAGUUAAACGAAGGGUCGAACAAGAGAAAAUGAUCGGCAGAAGUGUUGCAACCAAGUCGUACUGUGGUACCAAUAUGUAUAAAACGUUUGUGGUUUGUUCCGAGAUUAAGUCGUCGUCGUCGUUGAACAACUUGAAGAAGAAUUUAGAUUAGAUUUGUCUGCGAGAUGCCCUCGUGGUUCAAGGCGACACGGUUUCCUAUGAAAUAGCAUAAGUAAAGGAAGAUGCCUAAUCUAUCCACUUUACAUCUUUCUUUUACGAUAAUACUAUCUCCACGAGGGCAAACAUUUGGACAGCACUCGUCUAGAUUUUUACUGUUUCAAAUUCGAUUUCAAUUAAAAUGAAUGAGAAAAAAAUACGCUUAAAAUUGUGGAUUUUAAUGAACUAAAAAAAAAAAAGAACAAAUGUAAAAUGUACAAAAGGAUGUCUUGACUAAAAUUAGGGAAGACUUUCUUUCGCUGUUGACUGGUUAAGGUUCAACAGGGGCUUGCAUCCCUAAAUUGCUUUUACUUUCUCAUAGGCUGUGUAAAAUCGAGUUACUGACCACAAACGUAUUAUCGAAGAGAACACUGGUUUCCGAUCUAUCCGACAAUAUAUCUACAUUAACUGUAACGGUCUAGUAACGCAUUUUCAUAUGUAAUUCACUCACUGGAUGAUUGUUCAUUCGCUCGUAAGUUAUAAUGGCAAAGAAAAAGACCGAGCACGUAAAACAACGCAGCGGUUGGGAAGGAAAAUCGAGCGAUUCAGCGUCGAAUAAGUAAUAUCAGUAAUGGACCUAAAAAAAAAAAAAAAAAAAAAAUACGUUGUCCGUGCAGUUUGAAUUCCAUAUGCGAGAAAAUUGAGGAGAACUCGAGACUGUGUGCGAAUGCGUGUGCCAAACAACGUUCAUUCAGCGAUACGUUCUCAUGUUCGAUGCUCAGAGUCCGGAUCGUCUGAUUUCCGAGAUAGGGGAGAACGUUUUGUUGUUAAUUAUUUAAGGAUAAUACCUCUCGUCAAAAAUGCCACGCAUUGGAAGCUCAAAAAAUAAUGUUGUUAUUUUUAGAGAUAAACGCUAACGAAUCGAAGAACAUGUGUAUAUCUUGCCCCCGUCAGAGAAAGUAUUAAAAGGUGAUCAUGUUUAUAAA